AUGAAAAAAAUAAUUUAAAAAGCUAAAAAUUUUCAUUACCUUUUACACUUUGAUUAAGCAAAUAUAAGUGAAUCAAUUUUACAAUUCACAAACUUCUUGUAUUUAGCAUAACUUUUUAAUUUAGGAAAGAACUUUGAACCUAAUUCAGAAAUAGUGUAAACAUUUUCAAUAUUAUUUUAGUACUAUUUAUUCCUUUUUGAAAAGUACAUUUAUUUUUAAUUUAAUUCCAGAGAAGUAUUUUCCUCACAUUCAAUUUCUUUUACUCAUUUAUAAUUUAUUUUUAGCAAUAAGCAUAUUUAUUGUAGUAUUGUUAAACAUUAAACAUAAUUCGAAGAAUUGGGUAUUAUUAAUGAUUACGAUUAAUAUUACCUUAAAUAUUUAUCCUAAUGUAUUUUUCAUUCCAAAUCUAUGGUUAAAUAUUAAAUAAUGUUUUACUGAAAGUAUCUUUUAUUUCUUGAUUUCAUUAAUCAACAUAAUAAUUACACUUUUUAUUACUUUUUUAGUAGUAUUUUUCUAAAGGGGAGAUUCUUUAACUCAUAAUGAGAAUAUUACAAAUAAAAUUAUUUUAGCAAGAAUUUUAAUCAAACUUGUUGAAUUUAUAACCAUUUAUUUAUCAUUUUAUGAUGAUACAAUUUCAUUUAUUUUAGAAUAAAUUAUUUUAGUUUGGAUUAUCUUAUUGAAUCUAUUUAAGUUAAUAACAAUAUAAAUUAGUAAAAUCUAACUAAGUAUAUUAUUUUUAUUGUUCAAUUUAUCAUUACUUGCUGAUUAUAGAAUGAUGGAUUAUUUACUAAUUAGUAUACUAAUAUUAUCAUUACAAUCAUAGAUUCAAUAUAAUGCAUUAUAAUAAAUACUAUUUAGAUCAGAAACUAUAAUUAGUUGCUAAUUAGCAGAAAAAGUCUAUAAAAAAUGCUUAAUUGAAAAAUAGGCCAGAAUUCAGCUUUUGAUUUUUAAAAACAAUCAUAAAUGUACAAAAUGUAAGGCUUUUUAUGAUAUAAUUGAAUGUAUUUUAAAAAGAAAUUGUAAGAAUGAAAGAGAUAAAAUAAUAUAUGCAAAUUUUAUUUCUAAGAAAUGGCCUUUAAGAGCUUUAGUUGAAUUAUUCAAAGAAUAAAGUGAAGAUUUUUAUUUUUAAUCAGCAAUAUUAACAUUUUAGAAAAUGAAUGAAACUAACUUUGAUAUUUCUAAUUAUAUUUAUACAUCAUAUAAAUCUUAAAUAGAGAGCGAAAACGUCAAAAAAUAAUUAAUAUCUUUAAUUUAAUUUUUAAUAAAAUUUUGGAAUUAAACAAUUGUGAAUCAAUUUGGAAUUAAACAAUUUUAUUAAUAAACACAAUAAGUUGGCAGAAAAAUAGAUUAAAUUAGUAAAAAUAUAGAGAAAAUAUAUGAUAUUAAGAAUUGUAAAUUAAAAGAUAAUUAAUAGAGUGAUGUAAUAACUUUAAGAUUAUUAUAACUUUAUUAUUGUGUUGCUAAAGUAGAUAUAAUUAAAGUAUAUUCUUUGUUAAAAACCUUAGGCAUAAUCUAUGGAAGAUAAAAUUAAUGAAUUAUUUAGAAGUGACAAAUUUAGAUAAUCUAAUACAAUAGAUAAUAAUUAAUUAGCAACUAGUAAAUAUUUUGCUAUCAUUAGAUAGAUCUAUGCUUCUAACAACCAGUCUCAUUUAUAAUAUUAAUAAAUUGAUCUAACCAAAUUAUUAGUAGAUGAGCUUAUUUUUUGAUACUUCUAUUGAAGAAAUUAAUUUUAUUAAGAGUAGUUUUGAAAUAAUGCCAGCAUUCUUAUCAAAUGUACAUGAUUAAUUCAUAGAAAACUUUAUAUAAAAAGGAUAGUCUCGAUUAUGUUAAUAAGGAUAAUAAACAUUUUAUUAAGAUUUAUUAGGAUAUAUUGUUCCUUGUAAUAUUCAUAUGAUACCAUUGUAAGGACAAAAUGAUUAUUUUAUAAAUGUAAUUUUAACAAAGGAAUUAAAUUAUAAUGAUUAAAUAGUAUUUGGUAUGAAUGGAAAACUUUAUGGGAUGACAAGAGAUUUUUUUGAAUUUUCCUAAUAAUCGAUUUAAUAUGAAACUUAUACAAAAAAGCUUUAAAUUAAUGAUUUAAUUGAAAAAGGUUCUCUUGUAUAAUAUUAUAUUGAAAACAUCUAAGAAUAAAUUUAAGUUUUAAAAUAAUCAAUAGAGAAACAUUAAAAUUAUAUUAUUUAAGAAGUAUAAUCUUAAUGGUAAUAUCCAGAGAAUCAUUUGAAUUGUAUAUUUAAUACAAGUUCAUUAAUUAAAUAGUAAUAUAAUUCAUCUAUGAAUUAACUUUUGUCUUUUUCGAAUUUUAUGUCUUAAAAAACUAAUUUAUAAACUUCAAAAUAAACUGAAAAGUCGCUAUAAGUAUCAGAAUUUGAUGAGUCAAGAUCAUCAAAUAAAGAAUUAAUGGUUGAUGGAAUUGAAUGGUCUAUUUUAAAUUAAAAUUAUCAUAAUUCUAUUCGAUAAAUGUUAGAUUAAUUUAAUGAUAAAUAGAAAACAAAUAGAAUUCGAUUGGUUAUAAUUUAUUCUUUAAUUUAUAAAAAGAUUUAAAUAGGUAAAAAAUCUUUAGGAUAUUUUGUAAUGGAAUUGAAAGAUUAUCGUUAAGAAUUUACUUAAAAGACAACUACUUAAAAUUUCACAACUUAUUAAACUAAAAAAACAGAGUCUAGUGCUAAAAAUAUGUCUAGUUAUAGUUUUCCUUAAAGCGAUGUUGAUGAUAUAAAUUCAGAAAAACCUUUAUUUUAUGAUGAUUUAGAUAAUUAAAUUAAUUAAAUUAAUCUAAAAAAUCAUUUAUUAUAUCUAAAUAAAUUAGAAUUAGAUAAAUAAGCUAUAAUUUGUAAUAAUGAAAAUUAAAUAUCUUCUAUUAAUAUAACCAAAUAGAAAUUUUAAUCUUUUGAUUUUGAAAAUUCAUCUAGAUUAUUAAAGAUUUAAACUGAUAGACAACCUAAAAAACAUCUAUUGACAACUAGAAUAGAACUUUAAAGUAUAAACAUUCAAUAAGAUGAUGAUAUUUUAUAAGAAGCAGAAAAAGAAUUUGAUGAAAUUGCAUUUGAAAGAAACAUUAUCAAUAAUUAAGAAUAAGAUGAUGACAAUUUUGAUGGUUGGAAAGACAAAAAUCUUAAAGAUUAAUAUUAAAAAUAAAAAACAAAAAUUAUUAAUGAAUAAUUAAGUAAUUAAACUUUUACAAAAUAAUUGAAUGCUUUAAAAGAUACUUUCUAAUAUCUUGAAAAAAUUAGCAGUUAAAAUUUUACACUUAUUUCUCUAAAAAAAUUUACUUAUUUUUUAUUCUGUGUAAUAAUCUUAUUAAUAAUUAAUAUUGUUUUAGACUCUUUGAGAUCAUACAAUCAUAUAUCAGAAAAUGAUAAUUUUCUUAAUUAAAUUUUUAAUGAAGUAAAAUUUCAUAGAAUAUGUGCAAUCAAAUUAAAUUUACUCAUAACAUAAUUAUUAAGAGACACUUCUAUUUUUAAUAAAAAUGAAAUUAUAUUUUAAAUGUCAGAAAAAUAAGCUUCAAUUAUUUUUGAUUAUAAUAUUUAUGAUCAAUAAUAUAAAUUGAUCAACAAUUAUCAAUAAAAUUAAGAUAUUAAUGCUAAUUAUUUUAAUAUAUUAUUUCAAUAAUUUAAUGAUGAUAUAAGAUAAAGCUGGGAUAAAACAAAUUUGUAAGCAUUUUAAUUUACAAAUAAUACGUAAUUCUUAUUUGAUUAUAUUUAUGAUAUAGUUAUGUAUGAUUUAGAUAAUUUUGAAGAUUAAUCAACAGAUUAUAUUUCUGCAUCAAUUUUUAUAAUUUUAUAUUCUCUUUUAAUGCUCUACCAAAUUAAAUUUUUAUCUACAAAAUAGAAGGUGAUCAUAAAAUUAUUAAAAUUAGCCCAUCAAACAAAUAUAAGCAAAAUAUAAAAUUAAAUAGCAAGACUUUCAACAAUAAAAGAUAAUUUUGAAUGUAGUAAUUAAAAAAAUUGGAAAUUGACUUCUUAUGUCAAAAUAAUCUCUGAAGAUGUUUAACAUGAUAAAUCUUAAAGAAAGUAAAACCAUGAUUUAGAAGGAAAUAUCGGACAUUAAUAUAUAUACCCUAAUAUAAUUGUUUUAUUGCUUUUGUGUUUAUUUGGUGCAAUGGGAUUAUUCAUUUAAUAAAUUUAUUAUAAAAAAGAGUAUCUAUCUUUAUAGAAGUAAUUUCUAAAAUUAAAUAUUAUGAUUGAUCACAGUCUUACUUAUGGAAAUCUUAUUAAGACAUUUUAAGUUAUAAAAAUAAGUAGUUCAUUAGAUUCUUCGAUAAUUGAAGAUUUUAACUAAUCAAUAAAUAAUUAAAUAAAUAUUACUAAUGAUAUCAUUGAUGAAUUAGAACGAUUGUAAGAAAAUGAUAUACUAGAUUCUUUAAUUAACAAUUAAUGUGAAUAUUUUUCAGAUAUGAUUGAAUAUUGCAAAAAUAAUGUAUAUCCAUAUAAUGAAAUGUCUUAAUUAAUAGAAAGGGGAUUAAUAAGUUUAACAAAUAAUAUUCAAAAGGUAAAAAAUACUGAAUUCAAUUAUGAAUUAACUACAAAAUAGUUUUAGAAAGUUUCUUAAGAAUUAUUAGAAUAUAUAAAGAGUUAAUCUUUUAUAAAUACAUUUUUAAUUUAUUUUAUAGAAAGUGUAAACACUUUAGAUAUGGAAAUAGAGAAAUUAUUUGAAGUUGGAUAACAUUAAUUUAAUAAUUAUGUUUUAAUGAUAGAAUUAUAUGAGAUUGGAGUCGGAAUAAGGUAAUAAGUUAAAUAAAUAUUUAUAGUCUAAGUUUGAUUUAUUUAUUGUAUGGAUAUCUAACUUAAAUUUAUCAUAGAUAAGAUUUUAGAAUCACGAUGUUUUUUUUAAGAACAAUACCAAAUGAAUAAAUGUAAUUAAAAAAUAUUUUACAUUAAAUUAAGAAUAUAGUAUAAGAGAAAUGA